CUCUCACACACACACACACACGCACGCACGCACACACAUUUCUGCAUCCUGUAUUUUUUUUUACGCACCGGGACCCGGGCGCUUUAUAAGCGGUCGUGGAUUAUGUUGCCAGUUUUUAUAACAGCGGAAUAUUGGCCUCUCCUCCUUCGACUCCAACUGUGAACGGCAGCACCGCGCGCGUUUUUCCUUUUUUAUUUUCCUCAUUUCUUUCUCAUUUGGUUCCCCGUUACUUCUUCGCGCCGAGAGACCGCCGAGACGCAGAGCCAACGUUCAAUGCUGUUGGAACAUGUCCUAUGUUCCCUUUCAAGAUGCAAGGUGUGCCGUCCCCCCCUCCUACCAUCAUCACCAUCAUCGCACCCACGCCCACUCCUUCCACGCUCCCUCCUACGACCGUCCCGCUCACGAACGUCCCACCUACGACCGCCCCUCCUUCGACCGCCCUUCCUUCAACCGUCCCUCCUUCGACCGCCCUUCCUUCAACCGUCCCUCCUUCGACCGUCCUUCCUUCAACCGUCCCUCCUUCGACCGCCCCUCCUUCGACCGCCCCUCCUUCGACCGCCCCUCCUUCGACCAUUCAGCCUACAGCCGCCCCCCGCCCGAACGCCCCGUCUACGACCGCCCCCAGCACGAUCGCCCACCCCACGACCGCUGGAACCCCCGUCUGCGCGUGAGCACCGGAAAUCAGGUCUACAUGUUGGACCAGGAAGAGGUACACCCUUUGCUGAUGCGCGAGAGGCGCUCAGAGUCUCACAGGAACAAGCUACUGCGACGGACAGUCAGCGUUCCUGUGGAGGGAAGGCACCAUCCCGAGAUGGAUCAUCGCGCCCGGCGGAAGAGCAUAGCCACCGGGAAGCAGCCCAGCAUGGAGGUCCCUCCCACUGCCCCCCUUCAACCCUUCCGACAAUCCAGUUUCCUCAGUAGAAGGUUGAAGGGCUCAAUCAAGAGGGCCAAGAGUCAGCCCAAACUGGACCGAACUAGCAGUUUCCGCCACAUGAUCCUCCCCCGCUUCCGCAGUGCCGACCAAGACAGGACCCGUUUGAUGCAGAGCUUCAAAGAGUCCCACUCCCAUGAAUCCUUGCUGUCUCCCAGCAGCGCCGCCGAGGCGCUGGACCUCACCCUGGACGAGGACGCCAUCAUCAAACCCGUCCACUCCAGCAUCCUGGGACAGGAGUACUGCUUUGAGGUGACUACGGCAUCGGGAACCAAGUGCUUUGCGUGUCGCUCAGCUGCAGAGAGAGACAAAUGGAUCGAGAACCUGCAGAGAGCUGUCAAGCCCAACAAGGACAACAGCCGGAGGGUGGACAAUGUGCUCAAACUGUGGAUCAUAGAGGCCCGCGAGCUUCCAGCCAAGAAGCGCUACUACUGCGAACUGUGUCUGGACGACAUGCUGUACGCACGCACCACCAGCAAACCCCGCACCGACACCGUCUUCUGGGGCGAGCACUUCGAAUUCAACAACCUGCCGGCCGUCCGCAACCUCCGCCUCCAUCUGUACAAGGAGACAGACAAGAAGAGACGCAAGGAAAAGAGCACAUACUUAGGACUCGUAAGCAUCCCCAUCUCAAGCAUCACCGGGCGUCAGUUUGUGGAGCAGUGGUACCCGGUCAUCCAGCCCAGUGUCCUCACCAAGGGAGCCGGAGUCGGAGGAGGGAAGAUCAUCAAUGCAUCCCUACGCCUCAAAUCCCGCUUCCAGACCAUGAACAUCCUACCCAUGGAGCUCUACAAGGAGUUCGCAGAGUACGUCACCAAUAACUACCGCACCCUGUGUGCCGUGCUGGAGCCUGUGCUGAGUGUCAAGAGCAAAGAGGAAGUGGCCUGUGCUUUGGUGCACAUACUGCAGAGCACAGGGAAAGCUAAGGAUUUCCUGUCGGACAUGGCGAUGUGUGAGGUAGACAGAUUCAUCGACCGAGAACACCUUAUCUUCAGAGAGAACACUCUGGCCACCAAAGCCAUAGAAGAGUACCUCAAACUGAUCGGACAUAAGUACCUCAAAGACGCUAUAGGGGAGUUCAUAAGAGCCUUGUAUGAGUCAGAGGAAAAUUGUGAAGUAGACCCCAUGAGAAUACCACCCUCAGUGCUCCCAGACCACCAAGCCAAUCUUCGAAUGUGCUGCGAACUAGCACUCUGCAAGAUCGUUAAUUCCCAUUGUGUGUUCCCUCGAGAGCUCAAGGAAGUGUUUGCCUCCUGGAGAGUUCGCUGUGCUGAGAGGGGUCGAGAAGACAUCGCCGACCGCCUCAUCAGCGGGUCUCUCUUCCUGCGCUUCCUGUGUCCCGCCAUCAUGUCGCCGUCACUUUUCAACCUUACGCAGGAGUAUCCUGACGAGCAGACGUCACGCACGCUCACCCUCAUCGCUAAAGUUGUGCAAAACCUCGCUAACUUCUCCAAGUUUGGCACUAAAGAGGAGUACAUGUGUUUCAUGAACGAGUUUCUAGAGAUGGAGUGGGGCUCCAUGCAGCAAUUUCUCUACGAGAUCUCCAACCUGGACAGUGUCAGUAAUGCAGGCGGGUUUGAGGGAUACAUCGACCUGGGCAGAGAGCUGUCGAUACUGCACAGUCUCCUCUGGGAGGUCAUGGCUCAGCUCAGCAAGAAUCUUUUGCCCCUUUCACCACAGGACGCCAUCAUCAAACUGGGUCCUUUGCCCCGCCUCCUGAACGACAUCAGCAUGGCCUUGCGUAACCCACAUCUCCAGAGGCAGCCCAGCUACCAGACAGACAGGGUGCCGGAGCGACAGACCGAACGGCUGCUAUCACGGCCCAGCUUCAACCGGGGCAUCUCAUCGGAGUUCCAGAAUCUCAUGAUGAGGGAUCUUAAUAGCUCUAUAGAUAUCACUCGUUUGCCUUCCCCUACCUCCACCGGAGGGGUUAUGCCAUCCCGUAACCAGAUGAGCUUUCAGGACCGCGACCACCCUCACCGAGCAUCCUCCAAAGACAUGUUCUACGUAUCCCGGCCUCCCCUGGCCCGGUCUAGCCCGGCCUACUGCACGAGCAGCUCAGACAUCACGGAGCCGGACCCUAAGGAUUCCCGAAUGAACAGCGUGUCUAACCUGCAGUCGGUGGACAUGCUCAACUCCUCCCAGGCCUCCAUCGCCGGCAUGGGCAGCUUCGGAGGGCUGAGCAGCGGAGGCGGUGGCGGCCUGGGGUCGGGCCUGAGCAGCCAGCUGCGGGCCGGUGGGAGGUUGUCAGCUGGCUCUGGCGGCUCCAGCAUGUCCGGCGGCCUCCGGCUGAGCCAGCUGAGCCAGAUGGGCACCACCACCGACUCGCUAUCCCAGCAGCAGCAACAGCAGGCCGCCGCCAUGCGCUACCCGCUUUCCUUCCAGAAUCCCCUCUUUCACCUGGCGACUGCUGAUGGGCCUCAGCAGCAUCAGCUCCAUCACCAGCACAGCCGGGCUCAGCCCCCAGCACCGCUUCUCCUGGCGCCAGAGCCUGAGCCCUCUCACCAAACCUACAUCCCACAGUUCGCCCACGGGGGAUUCUCCCGCAGCGAGGAUCUGUCCACCCUCAGGACCAGGGACGGUCACCUGGGCCAACCCAGCAUCAUCCACUCGCACAGCUACAGCGACGACUACACCAGGGCCGAGUAUGGACGCAGACAGAUGUCCAUGCAUGUGCAGGAUAAUCUUCAACAGCAGCAACAAAUGAUGGCGAUGGCGUCUCAGACAGGAACCUCCCACUCCUCCCUGGCCACCACGCCUCCCUCCACGGUCCAACCCAUGCGCCAGAGUUCUGUUGCCCCGCCUCCCACCCAGCGCGUCAAGUCACAGACCUCCCAUCAGCUGUCCGUCAGCGCCGCCGCUGCACCCGCUGCCCCCGCCAAAACGCGACCUCAGAGCGGGAACCUCCUCCAGUCGCCGGAGUCCGGCUACGGCGGGAGGCAGCACGGGCCGCGGCAGCUGUCCGUCAAAGACAACACUGCCCCCGGCCUGCCCCACCAGCAGAGCUCUGUCAGGGAGAGCCAGAGUCCACAGGGUACCACCAGUCAGAGCACGCAGCAGUCGCCACAGCAACAGCAGCAGCACCUGCUCAAACCCACAAUGAGCAAACAGGGCUCCCAGUCUCCAUCCACCCUCAAUCCCCCGACCCCAGCCAACGAGCGCACAGUGGCCUGGGUCUCCAACAUGCCUCAUCUGUCGGCUGACAUUGAAAGUUCUCGGAUUGACCGUGAGGAUUUCAAACUAAAGGAGUACUCAAAGAGCAUGGAUGAGUCACGCAUGGACAGGGUGCGGGAGUACGAGGAGGAGAUCAACUCCCUGAAGGAGCGCCUGAUGAUGUCCCACAAAAAGCUGGAGGAGUACGAGCGGAGGCUCCUCACGCAGGAGCAGCAGACCAAUAAGAUCCUCCUACAGUACCAGAACCGGCUGGAGGACAGUGAGCGGAGGCUACGGCAACAGCAAGUGGAGAAAGACUCCCAAAUUAAAGGAAUAAUUAGCAGGAAAGAAGACAUGGAAUGAAGACAGAGAGUCCUGCUCAUCUUUUAUGGGAAAACAUCUUUAACGCCCUAACCUUGUAUAUAACCACAGCCGCCAUUAAACCCCCCACCCCCCCACCAGUCCUCUCCUUUAUCAUUUGUCCUCCAUCAGCCACUUUUACGAACACAGCUCUGCCAUUAACUGGAUCUGGGCGUCAUGUGAAAUGAUUCCUCUUCAUUUUCAAUCGAUGCACUUCAAAAGCGCAAGACGAUUGAAAAUUUGAUGAAAACGUGUCUGCACUUUUUAACUCAACUCAAAGAAUCGCUCUUGGACCUUCAGGCGCAGGCACAGGACUAUGGAAGACCGUGGUUUUAAUAUUAGCUCUUCCAUUUCAAACCAAGGUGUUCACUGAAGGACUGCUUCUACAGAGUGAACCUGUGGACUAAUACCUCUCUUUUUUUUUUUUACACGCACACAUAUACGAAGAGGGAAGAACGCCACAGACGAGAGCUGAGGCGUAGACAAGCUAUGCCGCAUAAUACACAAACUUUAUCAGAGCACUUAAAGCAAAACCACCGGUUACUUCUCCCCAGGAGUUCAAUCUGAAAACAGCAAAUCUGCUGCACACGUGAAGCAUCGUGUGCAGGAAACAGAUCUUUUCGAGGCUUGCACUUGUAACUUGUGUGACCUUUUUUUUUUUACCACCUGACUACACAAGGAUGAAUUAAGUAGCAGAUCUGGAUGCUUCCAAGUCAGUUUUACACACAGUUCACUGAGCCAGGCCGCGUCACCAGGGGCAUCGUAAGACGUACAAACGUGGACAGAGAUGCCCGAGCGGCAUCGUCUCAGGCCAUCCUACCGGGUCGACUGGACUCCAGAAUCUUAGCGAAACAACAAGUGCAACCAUAGCCUUAUGUUGUGUUUCAUCUUAAAAUUGACUUUUCUGUUAAAUUUCUCACUUUUAAAAAAACAUACAUAUAUAUUACGUUGAUGCAAAUACGAGCUCAGGUUCUGCAAAAAGGAGUCGACCUCCCGUGUAGGCUUAAAAAAAAAAAAAGAAAAUCUGCAGAACUUCUUCAGCGUUGUGUUUCGAGUUUCAGAGAUUUUUUUCUUUGAGAGAAGCCUUAAUGUUCUGUGCAUAAAAAACCUUAAGCUCAGAACAAAUCCAAUAUCUGUCAUUAGACCAGGUAUUCUUUCUGUUCUCAACAGUCUAAUUUAAACCAAAGCCACAUGUUGAGUUUUAGGUCAUGUUAGGGGAAAUCCACUGAGUCCACUUUACCUGUAGCACUUAUAUCUAUAUAUAUUUUUUCCUUUAGGCUAGAGAUCCAAUUAGUCGGCUACAGGCUCUCCUAUUUUUCUUUUUGUCAAAAUAUUUUAACUAUAAAUAUGAAUUAAAUUAUUUAUCUUCCCUCAAAGCUGCGAACUUGGCAGUAGAGUGGGAAACGAAUCGUAACUGCACCUGUCAUAGUAAUAAUCUAUUUUUAAUUAUAAUUCAUAGCAUAUUAAAAUUAAGAGCCAUAAGAAUAGUAUUAUAUGAAAUAUAUAUAUAUGAAUUCUAUCGAGAGUGAGAUUUUGAUUAUUUUAAACCGUUUUGACAAUUGCAAUAGCUAACUUUUUAGCAAGACGAGCGCAAUAAUAACAGAUACGAUACACAUGCUGUCUGUGCAGCAUCCUGAUGGAUCGGUGUGUAUUGUAUGCAUGAAAGAAAACAGUGACUUCCUGCCAAAAUCUUUAAAACCAGGUGCCGUCUAAAGCAGUGUCUAAACAGAGUGCAUAAAGACCUGGAGCGCUGUAAAGUACCACAGAGACGACGCGACUCUUUGACUCUUUCUCAACCGUGUGUUCUGCAAAGUGUGUUCCUCAGUUACUCAACUUGUUUUUGGGCCUUUUCUUUCUUUCUUUCUUUCUUUCUUUCUUUCUUUCUUUCUUUCUUUCUUUCUUUCUUUCUUUUCUUUUCUUUUUCUUCCUCCUCCCUGUACGGUGUUUGUGAAUUUCUCUGCAUUUUAAAUGAAAGACUGCAAUGGAUAUUAUUUAUUAAUUAAAAAAAAAAAGAAAGCUAUUUUCUCCUUCAUCGCUGUAUGAUUUUGCUGUAUAUGCUUGACUUUUGACCUGCAGUCCGUCAUUGGUGGUGUCCAGUGACGUGGUGAUUCAGAAUAGUCGUCUUUGAGAAAGUGAGACAGUACUGUCAUUUAACUUAUGCAGUCACGGUAUGAUUUAAAUAUUCUCAUUAAAAAGGGAAACCAUACUCUUCUUAUUCUUCUUCUUCUUAUUACUAUUAUUUUCUUCUUUUUUUGUCCUUUUCCUCUCCAGAGAUUAUAGAAACUAUUCUGGUGUCGGUAUAUCUGCCUCUCUCUUCUGUAGCAGGAACAUAUUGAUAGGCUGUAUAGAUUGUACUACGGCAAAACUUCUGUUUAAAUCUUGCAACUGAAUUCCUAGUGGUGAUGGCUUGAUGUGCGUGUGUGCGUGUGUGUGAUUGACAUGGCUCGUAGCAACAGCCAAGGGUUUAUAUUCACUCCUGCACAGACCUGCGUCAAAUUUAGUUGCAAAUCGUUCUUGUGUUUUGUAUUUUUAUCGGGGUGGGGGGGGUAGGGGGGUCUGCUGCUGCUGCUGCUGCUGCUGCUGCUGCUUCGACACCAACGAGACGCCGACAGGUAAGGGUUUUUUUCAAUGCAAAGAAUAAAUUGCGCUUGUCGGCACUAGAACUAAAAAAAAAAGAAAGAAGGCAUUUGCAGCUGCUGUUUGACUCAGGUCUGUCUCCGUUGACGUUGCAUUAACUUCUUUUACAUCUUAUUUGUCUCUUUGCCUUUUUUUCCUCUGUAGCAAAAUAUUCCGACAUUGUGACCUCAUGUUACACACUUUGUUUUGACUAAAUGUACGACUUGACCUCAAAAGCACACUACUUGAAGUACAACUGGAUAUAUAUGAAGCUUAACUCUUUUUUUUUUUUGUAACAUAUCACCCACAUGAAUCAUUGUCUGCCUUUUUGAAGUCAUGUCAGAAUCUUAAUGCUGUAUGCCCAUGUUACAUUCCAUUGUUUUCUGGGACAGUGCUAAUAUUUCUGUCUGUGCUUAUGACUUGACUCUUUUCUUUUCCUCUUCUUCCUCCUCCUCCUCCUUCUUCUUUUUGUAAAAUAACUCUCAACACUGUACACUAUUUAUGGAAUAAAACAUCCAAACGCUUAUGUUUGAAACUUCA